GGCAGAAUCGUAAGUAGCAACACAAAUUUAUAAUUUUGUUUUUGACAUUAAUGAUUUAACUCAUCAGAAAUUGGUAACAUUAGCUCAAAAUGUCACCACGUCUCAAAAUAUCAAAAUAUGUUAUUGAGAGAUUAUCCAAGAUCGACACGAACGAAACUACAGGAUGCCUUUACGGCCUCAUGUACGACAGCACAUUGCUGGUUGUUGGGCUAAGUUUAGAGUUUUUUGAGGAUGAGAAAAACACAUAUCGGCAACUACUUCUUCAUUUACCUGCUGAAAUUGAGUUGUGCGGUGUUGUUAAGUUCACUGGUUCACUAUCUAUAGAAUCUAAACCGAAAGAAAUACUCCAGAAUGUGGAUAUAACUGAUAAUCCUCUGUUUAUCAUUAUAAAUAAUGAAAAAGAUAUAAAGGCACAUUUCCUCGUACAUGAUAAAUUUGAAGAAACACCAUUUGAAGUUCUUCAACCAGAAGAUCUCUGGAAACAGUUCACUUAUGUACGCUUAAACACAAUUUUACCAUUAACAUGCGAAGCCACUAUGACCGGUGUGAAAAAUAUUAUGCAAAAUAAGAGAAAGAAGAUAGCAUCAGGACAGGUAUCUUUCCACAUAGAUGGAUCAUCAGUAUAUUUAUUUGGAGUAGACUCUGAUGUUGGAGUCACAGGUACUAGUGUUGAUACUGAUAUUGGAGAGUUGAUCGACUCUCUGAAUCCUGAACAGUCCUCUAAGAAGAAGAAGAAUAUUAUAAACAAAGUUGAAGUAAUGCCAGUUAAUUUAGUUAUGAAGGCUACAAAGGAUAUGUUUUCGGACAAAUUAGUUAAAACAGCUGUUAAAAUGAUGACCACACAGAGGAAACCUGCAUUUUGUAUAAGUAUGCCGCUAAGAGUGGACACAUUGGCUCUUGUACAUAGAAAUACUAAAUUAUCAGAACUGUACAAUGUGUUAGUUGAAGCUACUUGUCGCUCUCUAAAACUAUUGGAAAGUGUUCUGUUGGAGCAAUUAGGUCAAGAAGGUAUUGGAGAUGGAGCUGGUUUACGUCUGCCGGAAACAUUCCAUUAUUUGCCCCAAGAACUGGGACACUUUAUCACCAGAGUCGUGCCAAAGGAUAUUCCAGAUGAGAGCAUGGAGAAGGAAAGGCGCAUACUCCAUGAGCAACUGGGUUUAUCUGUACAAAGGCCUAUAUUUAGACGGGGAAAUGCUUAUAAUUUCAUUAUAAGUAAGCUUGUUAAUCCACAUGAAGCGAUAACUGUACAUUCUUUGAAGCCUGACGUUCGAGUGGCCUCGGUCAGAGGAAGAUACAUCUACUAUCAUUACAUGCAAGAUAACUUCAAUGAUGACGGCUGGGGUUGUGCUUAUCGUUCUAUGCAGACUAUAUUUUCUUGGUUUAGGUUCCAAGGUUACACAUCAGUUGAAGUACCCACACAUAGAGAAAUCCAACAGUGCCUUGUUAAUAUUGGUGAUAAGCCUACAUCAUUUUUGGGUUCCAAGCAAUGGAUAGGUUCUACAGAAGUGAUGUUUUGUUUGGAGACCCUUUUAGGUGUGCAAUCAAGGAUUAUUUUUGCUAACACUGGAUCAGAACUGCUCAAUUACACCCCAGAGCUUGUUCAUCAUUUUGAGAAACAUGGAAGCCCUAUAAUGAUAGGCGGAGGAGUAUUAGCACAUACAAUUAUCGGGGUGGAAUACAACAAUAUAACAAAUGAAACGAGAUACCUUAUCCUGGACCCACACUAUACAGGUGUUGACGAUAUCAACACUGUUAUAAGCAAAGGCUGGUGCGGUUGGAAGAAUUCAGACUUUUGGAACAAAACUGCUCACUAUAAUCUAUGUUUGCCACAAACAAAACCAUCUAUAUGAUUAAUUGAUCAUACCUUUGCAUUUAGGAGUUGUGGAAUUGGUGUAUGGGCUAGGUUAUGCUCAAAAUAUAAUAACUGUGAUAGCAUUUCCAGUUUUCUUUUUUUUUUUUUAUGUCGAAACGCUAGUGUUGUCACUAAUAUGUUGAAGCAUUAUCUCUUGUUUGUCAAUAAUUUAUUUAGAGUCAAAUAAAAUGUGCCCGCUAAGACAUUUCCUAAGUCAGUUCACUUGCAGCAUUUAUUCGAAUGUGUUAAGACUGGUUUGGUUGUGUAUCGAAAGCUGAUUUCAAUGUUCUAUUUUACUAAUUUAUGUGUAAGUAUAUUUAAAACUAUGGAAUUACCAAUAUUCGUAAUAAAAUGAAUGCUCUUACAUUUUUUUAUAGUACACUAACGCCAUCUGCCUUCAUUGUAGUAUUGACACAAUCUUGAAUGUUAUAUUUUGUAUCAAUUAAACUUAUGAUUUUAUAAA